ACUGCGUUAGAUCAAUAGCAUGCCUCAAUUCGCGAGCAAGGAUUGGCUAUGCUGCGUCAUAGGUAGCGUUCACGUAACCUCAGUGCGUAUCGAUAUGCACCACUAGCGCAAUCCCGUCUUUGCAGGUCCCGGCACCCUUUGUUUAAGCCGAGCAUGUGCCACUUGCCGAGGCCAAACCGAUUCAGCCAUCGUCAUCUCCAAUCAUCCCGAAAAUGCGUUCCUUUUACUUUUAACAAACAUCGCAACUAUCUGCCAUGCCCCGAUAAUUCAAACACCGUAUACAAACCAAUGACCCGAUAACGUCUCCGAGUACGUCCUAACCUCUCGAAAGUCGCCGUCGCUUCUCCUCUUUGUAUCGCAGCGACGCGAAACCGACCGAGCUUCCCUCCCUCUCUCCCUCUCUCCCUCCCUCUUCUCCUAACCCCAGUGCCAAGAUGGAACCGCCAUCGGCGUCGGCGCUCGAAGGCCUCAAGGCCGCAGUCGAGCAAGUAAUUCUCAACCCGGCGUACCACGACAUCCUCGCCGUCGUAAAGGGGGCUCGCAACGGCGCCGUGUACGGGGCCAAGGUGCGCUUCCCGCACGCGCUGGUGAUGGUGUUUCUGUUCCGGUCCGGCACCAUUCGGGAGAAGGUUUCGCUGGUGGUCCGCGCCACGCGCACGCAUGCGCAGAACCUCGCGCGCUUUGCCGUUAUCUAUAAGCUGGUGUGCUUCCUGCUGAAGCAGUACGGGCCGACACCCGGGAAGGCAGGGCGGUACGAUUCGUUCAUGGCCGGGCUACUAGGCGGGUACGUGGUAUUCGGCGGGCGAUCACGGCGCACCGGCAAGGUUCCCAGCGUCAACCAGCAGAUUGUGAUUUACGUGUUCGCGCGCGUCGUGCUAGCGCUUGCGCGGCUCGCCGUCAAGCCAGAGGGCGGUACGGGGCUACCGCUGGUGUCGCGGCAGGGCGUCUCCGAGUCUAUAACGCGCUAUGCUUGGCCCGUCUUUGCGUCGCUCUCGUGGGCUAGUGUAAUGCAUCUAUUCCGUUAUCACCCCGACGACCUGCAACCAUCGCUUCGUGGCAGCAUGACGUAUAUCUACCAACAGUCAGACCAUUGGGAUAGCCUAAGGAAUUUCAUUUGGCAUAACAAAUAGCGGGUUGUUUAAAAACGGAAUCAUAGGAGCGCAUGGGAGAGAUCUGGAAAUGGGCUCCACUACUAUACGAUAUCACCAGAGGCGUUUGUGUUGAAUUCUUGGAUGUUAUAUUAACACAUACGGCUGUGCGCAUUUAGCAUGGGCAAACAGCCAGGUUCCCAUUGAUGACGCGAGCAGCACGGAAGAAGACGGAUAUCCUUCGGCUUGACGGGGGAUCGACUAUAGCAACCAUGUAUAAUCCUCGACAAGAUUCAGCCCCAACCCCCCUUGCUGCUAUAAGCCGCCUUAUUCGCUUAAACUAAUUGUCACCCAUUGGUACUAU